AUCAUGUAUCCAAGUGUUAGAUUGCUACGUUGUUCGUGCUAUUUUGACCCUCUCUCUUCGUGAUAAGAAUUUUGGGAAAAUUAAGCGACAAAAAAUUAGUUAGAGAGACGAAGACCUUAUAAAUUCUUCAGAACGUGGGCACCGGUCCAAGAUGAAUAUUAUAAUGCCAGGGUCACCACUUGCGCAGCUUAUUUUGCAGAUCACAGAUAUAGUAAAAAAAAACUGAUACCAAUUCUUAAGAAUCUUGAGCAAACAGUCACAGAAAAUAGCUAUUGUAGUUAGAGAGAGAAAACAAGUUCUUAUGAAAUUGGAUCGUAACACUCUUUCUUCUUGUUAUACAUAGUUAAAGAUGGGAUUCCCAAGUGUCAUUCUUUUUCUUCUUCUGCAAACUCUUUCGGCGGCCACAAGUGAUCUCCUAUCUCCUCUGAUCUCUCCAUUAUAUGAGGAUGUGUGCAGAGAAGUGGAAUGUGGAAAGGGAACUUGCAAGCGUUCUGAGAAUGACACUAUGUUGUUUGAAUGCGAUUGCGAUCCAGGUUGGGGGCAAAGUCUUUCUUCUCCUCAUGAGGGCUUAAAGUUUCUUCCUUGCAUAUUUCCUAAUUGUACUAUGAAUUACUCUUGCUCCAAUGCCCCUGCUCCCGAUCCACAGAAAGAAAGAAAAGCUAAUGAAUCAAUAUUUAAUGCUUGCCAUUGGGUUGAUUGUGGAGGUGGGUCGUGCAACAGAACCUCCUUCUUCUCUUAUAGUUGCAUAUGUGAUGCUGGUUAUUACAAUAUUCUCAAUAUCACUGCCUUACCUUGCUUCAAAGAAUGUGCUUUCGGUUUGAGUUGCUCCAACCUUGGAAUAUCAUUGAUGAACUCAUCCAAGGCUCCACCACCAUCACCACCACCACCAACAUUGAAUGGCAACGAUAGCUUAAUUCUACGAGGAAGCUCCUCCCUUUGGCUACUCGUGCUGGUUCUUGCAAUAUCUCAUCAUAUAUGCCUUUUUAGUGAGAAAUGGGUGUUCCUAGUCAUAUAAAUAUAGGGCAGCAGCAUAGAGUUCCAUCGCGUUACAGUUGAACGUUAUUUCGGAAAGAAGAUAGAUUAUGAGUUCAGACCUGCAACUUUUUCUUGUCUUGUAUUUCAUUGCCUCUGUACAAACUAUAGAAGAAAUAUACUUGUAGCGAUGCUUCUUUUCUUUGUAGAGUAAAUCACACCAGCACUGCAUAUGGUUCUUAAGAUUACUUGUGUAAGAGUUUUAUAAUUUUUAGCAACUUCUCGUA